UAGACGCUACUGUCCGGUGAACGGGGUAUGCAAGGCUCUGCACUGUUUUCAAUCUCACUCUAAGCAGAGAAGAGGGACUGCGUUCAAAAACGAAUAACUGAGAACUCGCGUCCGGAAUAUGAUGGUGUCCGAGGAACAGGCUGCGCUCUAGUGGAGAUUCUCUACAGGUAAGCGAUCUUUCUUUUGGAGGUGUCUCUCGUUCCGUCUUAUGUAUAAGGACACACCAAGGAUGGAGGGGAGUUAUCGCAUCACGAAACUCUGUAGACGACGUACCUGCAUGAGAGUCCAGAAUUACAGCUGUUUCCGGACCAUACAAAAGAGACGAAAGAACUACAGAGACAAAGACGCUCAGCUUGGUGAAAGAAUUGACAAUUCUCUUGUGUCUAGAAAUGCGGUCGAGUGACUCUGUAUGACUGAGUGAUUGGUGAUCCGUGCUAGCAUUUUAACUUUCAAAGUGCAAUUGUUGGAGACAGUACUUCCAAGGAACUGGAAGGAUGCAUGGUACCAUAUCAAUGAGAUUACAUUUAUGACGGAGAACAAUGGGAGAUGGACGAUGGGCAACCUCUUAAUUCCGGUGACACAGCUAAAAGUUUCGUCUCUUGUAGCUAAUGGUGUGCCCCUGUCAUAGUAAGUGGAAUGUAAGGUAUAGAGACUUUCAUAUGAAUCAGAUAUUAAUGCCAUAUCAGCACAUUCAACGUCUGCCACUGACUCCUCUGAUGUAAGCUUCUUCUUGUUUCCUACUGGAUCAGCAUUCAAGAGGUAUGACGAGCACAAGCCAGCAUCUGACACUGAAAUGCCACUUCUCAGCAUGGUACAGUCUCAUUGUCUAUCGACACGUACAGCUAGGCAAAGCUCGGGCCGUCGCCAACUGGCGUUGUCUACUAAGAAUAUGGAACAAGUGGCGAGCAUACAUACUAAACAGACAGUCAGAAAAAGAAGCAGAAUGUCUUGCAGAGCAAAUGAAGAGAGAACACAGAAAUGGUCAGGUGGCAGCCAUUUUUGGUCGUCACUUGUACUUGUGUCGUUGCUUUUCCGCCUGGCAGACUUGGACCAGAAGGCGAGUGGAGAAAAAGGAGUUGGAAAACGUAAUGGAUCAGCACAGGCAAAAGAUGUCUGCUCUACUGGAAGCUGCAGCAACAGGUGCAUUGUGGAGUGAGAAGAAUCCAUACUCCACAGAAAAAUCACCAUCAUCAUCAGACCCUGAUGACAACCAGCAAGACGACCCACAAACCAUCACACUCGAAAAUUCAAAACCCCAACGAACACAAACUUCUGGAAACUAUCCUCUACCUGUUGAAGGGCAACUCAGGGCAGUCCACCUCAUUACAACUAAGAAAGCAAAAGAACACUUAGUAAAUCUAUUAAAUUUUAUGACGUCAUCUGUUCCUGUUAUAGUCAUUUAGACAAAAGUCUUAGGUUACAAUUCGGACAUGAUCCAGAGGAAUAAAAGUGAGCCACACAGAGAUGAUAGUAAGACUGUUGUACACAGGGGAAAUACAAUAGUGACGUCAUCUGCAGCGCAGACUGCGUCAGUAGACAGCAAUCCAAGCACAAACUUGUCAUCCAGAUUGAGACCACAGUCAACAACUGGAGGUGAAAGUGGAGUUGAUGUGAAGAUGGAAAGUUCAAUGGAUAACAGGAAACCUGUGAGACCGGUGGGUCUCAAAGGAAUGGAAUCGAGAACUGCUCAGAUUACAGAAAGGAGAGAAGCAAGAAUGCAGAGGAUGAAGGAAUUAGAGGAAGAGAAACUGGCCAAACUGAAAGCAGAAGAGAAAGAAAGAAGUGAGCAGGAAGAGGCCGAGAAACUGGCCAAGAUAGAAGCAAAACGAGAAGAAAAACGUAUAGCAAAACAAAGAGAAAUUGAAAAGCAAAAUCAGCUGCAAAUUCUUGCUCGACAAACAGCUCAAGCCAAAGACCGUUACCAGAAAUCCCUCAUGAUGACCUACGGACUGGCACCAUGGAAGCAUCUCAUUUCUAUAGCCAAACACAAUGAACACAGAGCCAGCAACCACAGUAACCAAGUAUUAAUGACAAAAUGCUUUGUGCCAUGGCAGCAAACCGUCAAGGAGACAAUACAGGAGAAGGAGAAGGAGGCAGAUAGUCUAUACAGAGACUUGCUGCUAAAGCGUCACUUCUCUGUGUGGCAAGAAUUUGUAGGCUUACAGUAUGGAUUAGAAGCGGCAGCAGACGCUCACAGUGAGACGUCGUUGGCAAGAAAGAUGUUGGCCGCAUGGCAGCGUUUUGUGACGAACGAGCAGCUCGAAAGGAUGGCCAAAGAGGAGAAGGCAGAUGAGCUAUACAAAAGGUUGUUGAAGCAGCGAGUUGUGAUGUGUUGGAGGCAGUUUGUCCCACUUGCUAAAGAAGAAAAACUGGCGGAGACGAGAAGAAAUCUGAUGAGACAAAGAGUAACCGAUUGGCUCCCUGACUUCAAACCCACUCUAGAUACAAGUCAAUAGAUUACAGGUGUAUAAUACAAUAUUUUUAUUAUAAUAUUAUAUGGAAUAAAGAUUAUGUUUAUCGUUGAUUA